GUCACAGUUAGGAGUGACAGGAAUUUAGUCAGACAUACAAUAUAGAAGAAAAGUCAUGAGAUGUGAACGUCUUAGUUAACAAUUAUGGAAAGUAAUAGGACGACUUUUUGUAUCGAAAAGAUUCAAGAUUAACAACGCAAAAAGGUUAGGUAAUAAAGAAGUAAGAUGUAAAGUGUUUAAUGGAAAUGAUUCAUUCGGUCCUUAUUCGGAUUGGUCAAUCAGCAAGGAUUUGGGUGAUGACAUGGUAGACUGGUAGUCACGUGUUUCCGAACUGUUGCGUCACGUAACCGUGCAUCAAUUCAACUCACACAAUAAACAUUUUUCGCCGAAGUCGGAGGAUUUAUAAAUUUACAGAGUCGCAGUACGUCAUAUAUAGCUGUGCAGACGUACUACGAGUCAACGACGUCUGUAAUCGGCUUUAGACAACGAAUUCGAAUACGGGCUUUAGAGGCAAAUUCUAUAAAGACUACAUUUAUGAUGUGGCAACGUCGGCUCAGGGGUCAACCUUUUUGACGUUUGCCGUUUUCCUAAACAUAACCGCACAUUCCGACUGUUCCAAGUUUCUUUUUUUACUUUAAACAAGUCUUAAAAUUUUCUGUCAUCUCUUUGUGUAUUAGUUUGUAUGAUGGAUUCGUCUCAAAUUGUAUUAUCUGCAUUGAGAAAAGAUAUAACAGAAAAUAUUUUACAGUUGAAAGCGAUCAUACAGGUAUGUAUGUAUAGUAUGUAUGCAAGCAGUUUUCAUUUAAUUUGAAUGCAGGAUAUCAGUAGCUGUACAGGGCCUUUGCCAGCAUUAAAUGCCCUGAAUAGUGUUGGCCGCUCUAAAAUCUCUUCUCUGAGAAAGUCCAUUGACAGGUUUUCAGACGUAGCAAAAGAUAUAAAAGAUAAUGAACUGUUGAAAGAGCUUGCUCUGCAAAAAGAACAAUUAGCCAGUACAAUGGACACAUUUAAAAAAGUGAACUUAAAGGCUAUGCUGUUUAUUGAAAAUGCUGCCAAAGAAGAGUUACUGAGACCUACAAAACCAACAGAAUUGAGGCAGAGACAAGUAAAUGCCAGGGAUAAAGCAUCUCUUGCCAAAACUAGCUCUAAUGUUACUGACCAACUGCUCAAUAUUAGCAGGACCCUUGCUGAGACGACACAGAGAAGUGCAUUAACCCUGGACACGCUGACCGCCUCUUCGGACAACGUGUUGGGGACAGAAGAAGAAUUAAAGGUGACUUCCGGUGCGAUCGGCCAAUCAGGAAAGCUGCUUGCCAAAUAUGGUCGUCGGGAGUUCACAGACAAGGUGUUGGUUUUUUUCGCGUUCAUAUUUUUUUUGGCAUGUGUUUUGUAUAUUAUGCAGAAGCGGCUAUUUUGAUGAAUGUAUGCAUGUUACGGAGAGUGAAGUUCAAAAAUAUACAACAGUAUCUCUAAGACGUCAAGUAUGUUGACAAAAAUAAUGUGAAUUAAGAGGACUCAGAUUUCUUCAUCAUGGAACAUGAUGAAUUUCUACACCACUCAUUGAGUAUAUACAUACUAUGAAUCCUAUCUAGUUAUAGGUUCAUACAAGAAUCCAAACAAAUUAAUACUGCCCAGCUAAGUAUUUAACUGGACUGCUCCACUUAACCAGUCAGGACUGUCAAAAGAUCUUAUAGGAAAUAAUCUUAUUUAGAUCUGUGGUAGCCACUUUCUAACAUUCUUACCCAGUGUGAAUUUUUCAUUUUAUUUUCAGCAUUCUACAUUAUAUAGUCCUGCAAAUAUGCAAAUGAUAAUUUAUUCAAUUGGGGCACUCUCCUAACUGUGAUAAUAUCUAAAAUUAAGUAUAGUACAAUUGUCUAUGAUUCUAUGGAAAGAUAAGAAUAAAUAUAUAAAUCAGAUAAAUAAUUUACAUAAUUGUCUAUUCUGAUUUGUAUUAGAAAUAUUCUUUAUUCACAUGGUUUUCAUCAGAAUACAUGAUUAUUAUUUUGUUAAUUUUAUAUGGGAAUGGAAUUUUGUUUACUGAUUUUUAUAAAAAUAUAUAUCAAAUCACUGUAGUGUAACUUAUUUUAUUUUUCAGCAACCCAUAUACUAUAAAUCUACAAUGUACAAUGUGCUAAUAUGAGCCCCUGGUUUUGCCUGAGGAGUAAAAUCUCGUAUCUGAUACAUUACCCCUUUUCUUAAGUAACGAGUUGUGAGUGAGUGCUUUUUGCUUGACAAAAUAUCCCCGAAAACUACAUUGCUAGAUCUGAAUUGUGAAAAUUCAAGCAAUCAGACUGCAAUAAGUUGAAAGAAUGCAGAAUCAAUUGUGCUAUCAAGCCAAAUCUAAGAACACCUCAAAUGUCAAAAUCCAUGUAGCUGGUUGGCCUGUAACCCGUGAAUUAGAAACCUCAAAGUUGAAGUUUUUGUUUAAAAUCUGCCAUUGUUAUUUUAUAAAAUUUUAGUGUACCCAGUGUUGCUCGCACUGUC